GAAGAUGAAACCUUAAACCCACUGUUUGACAAUAGCUGAAGCCGCUCGAGUAUGAGUCGAGUCUUAUAAAUAUUUGGGAAAUUCCACUCAAUUACUGACUUUACUUGAAGUAAUAAUGAAACUUGCUCUAUUAACGGUACUUGCUACCGUGGGUGCUGUUACGGUAAACCCAUUACCCCAACCUCAGUCUAUUGAAUGGUUGAAUGAAAAUGCAAUAGUUUUCAACCCCUGUGCAAAUUUGCAGUUAAACAUUGAUAACGAAUUGGUUGAGAAAAACUUGAAUAGAGUAUUAAAUAGUGUUUUGGAAACAAAAUACUAUCCUCAAGCUAUUGAAAAACCAAUCUCUAGCUACCAGCCGUUUCCUACGGGCACGGUUAAAAGGGGGAACGGUGCUAUUGAUUCGAUCACCAUUACCAUUGAAAAUAGCUCAAUUCCUUUACAAUUAGGUGCCGAUGAAAGUUACAACUUAACAAUUGACAAUAACGCAAUCAAUAUCGAUUCUGUAUCUACUUGGGGGUCAAUACAAGCAUUGAAAACUUUGCAACAAUUGGUGGUUUAUGAAAAGGGUCAAUUCUUCAUUGAAGGCUCAGUUAGAAUCGAAGAUCAUCCAAACUACCCUCAUCGGGGAGUUAUGCUUGAUUCUGCUCGUAAUUUCCUUUCUGUUAAGAAAAUCAAAGAACAAAUCGAUAUCAUGUCUUUGGUAAAACUAAAUGUGUUACAUUGGCACAUCACCGAUACUCAACUGUGGCCAUUGCAAUUAGAAUCAAUUCCAGGAAUGAUCGAAGGCGCUUAUCUGGAAAGAGAACAGUACUCCAAAAAUGAUGUCGAAGAUAUUAUCAACUAUGCUUACGAACGAGGAAUCAGAGUGAUUCCUGAAAUUGAUAUGCCAGGCCAUUCAAGAGCUGGAUACAUCAACGUCAAUGAAGACGUUUUGGCCUGUCAACAUAGCUGGUGGUCGAACGACGAUUAUAGUCUCCAUACGGCAGUAGAACCACCGGCUUCGCAGUUAGAUAUUCUAAAUAAUGAAACUUAUCUGAUGGUUGAGAAAAUCUAUAACGAAGUGAGUGGUCUUUUCCAAGACGACGUUUUCCAUGUUGGUGCCGAUGAACUACAAGCAAAUUGUUACAACUACUCUCAAUUAUUUGUUGAUUGGAUCAAGGCAAACCUGUCAAGAACCUACAGGGACUUAAGUCAAUAUUGGAUUGAUCAUUCUAUUCCAAUAUUUCGGAAAAUCCCCAAUCGUAGAUUAAUGAUGUGGGAGGAUAUCUUGACUACCCCCGAGGCCGCUUUCACCAUUCCACAAGAUGUCAUUUUACAAAGUUGGUCCGAUUACUUAAGAGGAUCAAAUAAUAUUAAAAAACUCACUUCUAAAGGAUUCGACGUGGUUGUAUCUCUGAAUAACUACUUAUACUUGGAUUGUGGUUACGGUGGAUUCGUAACUAAUGAUCCAAGAUACCUCGAUUCCCCACAAAAUGAUGAAUUCAAUACCGGCAAUGGAGGUUCUUGGUGUAAUCCUUACAAAACCUGGCAGAGAAUAUAUGACUUUGAUUUCACCACAAACCUUACUGACUCAGAACAAAAACAUAUCUUGGGUGCUGAAGCUGCCCUCUGGUCUGAACAAGUUGACAAUACCGUGUUAACCCAAAAACUUUGGCCCCGUUUAGCUGCGCUAGCUGAAAGCGUUUGGAGUGGCAACCGGGACUCCAACGGUAACUACAGAACAAACUGGCUUUCCCAACGUAUCUUCAAUUUUAGAGAAUGGUUGGUUGCUUUAGGGUACGAUGCUCUGCCCUUGGUUCCUAAAUAUUGCUUGCAAAACCCCCAUGCUUGCGAUCUUUAUUUGAACCAAACGGUGUACAAUGAUUACACUUAAUUUUCAAAAUAUUGCAACCCAUACAAAACUCGACAUUACUCCUUUAGUUUAACAACCAUUACACAGUUCUAAGACAUCUUAUGCCGCAAAUAACAAUACUUGCG